AGAGGAGAUGAGAAGAUCGCAAACCGAUCAUACCUAGCUGAGAGCAUAAAUCUCUUCAUUCAUUAUAUCAUAUUUGUCUGCGAGUGACUAAUUUCCUGACAUCUUUCCAGUCAGCAUGAUUGAAAGACUCGACGACGAAAUGCUCCCUUUGACCGGGGAAGAGCAUCCAGUCAACCGCCAUUGGCCUUGUUAUAGGGUUACAGUCACACCAAACAUGAUUGCCAUGCUUAUUCUCCUUUGUCUCUCUGUUGUACUGCACGGCUUGUUUUUUACACAGUCACACUGUCCCUCUGGACGAAGCGGAUUCGCUCACCUGUCUGCCACACUAUCUGUGCCAUGGGUGUCCAAAUCAAUAUACUUUGGGGAAGGGACAGAAGAAGACGCCGAUCGUGCUUGGGACGCCAUCAGUAUCAAUAAUGGAACGCUCGCUCUGGAUUCAGUAUAUGUUCAGGGAAAAGGGAUUCCCCAUGCACAGCCUUUUCCUUGGGAUGGUAGCAAAGAAAUAUAUGUAUUAAAUGGAUAUCAUGGCAUGCAUUGUCUCAAAACACUUCGAACCUGGAUACGCCAAGUCGAUCAAGGAAUCCCAACAACCCAACCUGCAGGCCACAUGCUCCAUUGUCUAGACGCUCUGAGACAGGAUGUUCAAUGCUACGCAGACGACACGCCACGUUAUACCGGCUUCCAGGAACAGGGGAGGUCCGGCACAGGCCAAGUUCGGAAAUGCAGGGAUUGGAAUCAAAUGGAAAUCUGGGCUCAGCAGCAUACUGCUUGUUGGAGAUAUAUGCCUGAGUUGGAGCGAGAAGGGCGAUCGAUGCUGGAAGAAUAUCGAUUUUGUCCUGAUGGCUCGCCGUAUAAGGAGAAGAUGGAGGAAUAUUUUCGUAAUGUUGGAUAGUUUAGGUUCUGUUUGAUAGAGUAGAUAUGUCUUUUAGCAGAAUUUAGACCUCGAGAGUACGUGGGUAGCAAAAUGUCGCUUGAUAUUCAUCCAGGUAGGUAUUUAAGGCUAACUCCCGAAAACUCAGUGUAAUCUUGAUUACUCCAACAACGCUCAUCACGUCCCUUCAAAGACAAUCAAUCACUCCAUUUCUAGCCCUUCUUUUCCAAUUCCUCCGCAAAUCAAAAGAAGCUUUGUACACCUGGCGCCCCCGUUGGCGGGGUGUCGAUCGUUUCAUCCGGAGACAAAUUGCCAUCUGAGGAUGCCGCGUUUUCGUCAUUUGGUUCUGUCAGGCCCUUGGUAUCAGAUCACUGCAUCAUUCAUGGUUUAAGGUACAGUCAAAAGCUUACCGGGAAUUGCCACGGCUUCGACGUGAGCAAUGUACAACAAGCCUAUUAGAAUGGUGCUGAAAAGUUGGAAACGCAUGGUGGGAGAUAGUGGUGACACUGAUUUCAGGAAUGUUGUUCAGAGGAAUGUUUCUCAAGGUAGCAGUGAUACGUAACUCAAACUGUAGGUAGGACGACUGAAGUCGAUGCAUACCUACUUACAGAAGCUAUUUAUGUCGGAUGAUUGAUAGCAUGGAAGCCUAUAGCUGAUCUUGGGAGGCCUCAAAUGCCACAUCUUCGGAUGGUCCACCCUCUGUUCCAUCUAUGUGUAACUUAACACAUGUCCGACAUGAUGGUUAGUCGCCGACGUCGGUUAUUCAGUGCUCAGC